AUGGCGACUCCAGCUCCAGUCACGCCAGAUACGCCCAUUGUCAUCAAAAUCGCAGUUAACGACACUCCCAAGAAGCUCAAGUUGCCACUGCGCGAUCUCGGUGUCGCCAGCCUACCCGGCAAGCUUCGCCAGGUCCUCGACAUCAAGCCAGAGCAGCUCAUGGUCUUGGAGAGAUACAGCGACAGCACUGGCGGCUACGUCACCCUCAAUGAAAGCAACCCACAGGUGUUCAAGACGCUCAUCCGGGCAGCAAAAGCAAAGGGCAAGCUUCGGUUGAAGGCCACGGUGACCUCGGAGGCCAGCGUGGAGUCGAGUGAGGAGGUGCCUGCGCGUGCAACUAAGCCAAUCGCUCGUGAGUCCACCGCUUUCGAUCAGCGCUCUAUCGGCAGCGGAAUCUUUCAAUUUCGCGAGUCCCGCGASCGCGCCUCCCAACAGACGUUGAUCAACCUCAAUGACGAAGCUCCCGUGCCACGUCCUUUCGUUGACAGCCCGGCAAACUUCUUCGACAAACUCGCCGAGGCCGCAGCACAGCCUCUCGCAUUUCGCACUCGCGAGAUCGUUGAGCCAAACGCCAAACUCGGCCGCGCCUGGUCCGUGUACUGCAAUGAGUGCGACAAGGCUAUGGACGAUGUGCACUUCCACUGCUCGAUUUGUGACGGUGGCGACUACGACCUCUGCAAGGAGUGUGUUGAUAACAGCAAACACUGUCCAGGAGAGGGCCAUUGGCUUAUCAAGCGCUUUAUCAAGAACGGCGAAGUCGUUCCCAGUGAGACCGAGCAUGUCCUCCCACGCAAGACUGCUGCUCUGCCGCUGAUCCCAUGUCUGAUCGAGGAGGCCGUCAAGAAUGACAUGCCGGGCACCUUCACGACCCUCGAGCAGUCUAAGGGCAUGGCUGAGGAGUCGCGCGUGGCGACUCGCACCUGCAACGGCUGUGUUGUGGUUCUACCGGAGCAUGAGUUUGUAACCUGCUCUACCUGCGACGAUUACGACUUGUGCAUCAAGUGCAUCGGUGCCGACAGCCACGGCCACCACCCUGCGCACGGCUUCGAGCCUGCCACUUCGGAGACUGUUCUUCCAGCUAUGUGCGAGGCGAAGCUGGUCGCGGGUCGCAACGUUCGUCACAGCGCUGUCUGCGACGGCUGCGACAAGCCGAUUCGUGGCGUGCGUCACAAGUGCCUCGCCUGCCCGGAUUGGGACUACUGCGGCGACUGCGUUAAGGGCGCCAACCGCACUCACCCACGCCAUCGUUUUGCAGCACUUUAUGAGCCCGUUGGCGACCAACCCGCUGGCGCUGCUGUUCGCCACUUUGGCAUCUAUUGCGAUGGUCCGCUCUGCMGCAACAAACGCGAGCAGUCCUACAUCCAUGGAGUGCGCUACAAGUGCACCAUUUGCAGUGAUACCGACUUUUGCGCGUCCUGCGAGGCUCUUCCAGGCAACCACCACAACCGCACCCACCCUCUGAUCAAGUUCAAGACCCCAGUUCGCAAUGUGAACGUGAUGACCGAAAACGAGGACGUCCGCGGCAACGUCAAGGUGCUAGGCGAUCGUCACUGCUCGGCUCAGUCUCAGCAGACCGGCACCACUGCUGCGGCCACAUCGUGUCCACAAACCAACGCAGCUACCGAAGUGCAGACUGUAGCUGAGAUCAUGCCUACUGAAGUAAAAAAGGAGACUAUGCCCGUCUUAGUUCCUGUCAAGAAGUUUGUUGAGAAGACAGUUAUGCCAGAUGCCAGCGCUCUCAACGCUCACUUCGUCCGUGACAGCAUUCCCGACGGCAUGAAAGUCCAGCCAGAUACCCGUUUCGCUCAGACUUGGUUUCUCACCAAUCCAGGUCCUCACGCAUGGCCAUCGGGCUGCAGCGUUCGCUACGUGGGCGGAGACAACAUGUUGAACGUCGACAACAGCCACCCUGUCUCCGUCGCAGCUAUCGCCGAUGCCACCGAGAGCAACGUUGUUGGUCGAGAAGUGCAGGUCGGUGAAGUUGUGGCUUUCAAGGUCGUGCUCAAGGCGCCCGUUCGCGAGGGCAAGUCAAUCAGCUACUGGCGUCUAAAAGCUGCUGAUGGCACUCCGUUCGGUCACCGUCUGUGGUGCGACAUCGAAGUCAAGAAGGAGCAGCAGCUCAACCAGCAGCCUGUGCUCGCCACUUGCGCCCGUCCAGCGCCUAUCCCCAGCUCCAACACCAGCUCACUAUUCCAGUCGCAGCAGGCAGCUCAAUUGCAGGCAAUGCAGGCCCAGCAGGCUAAGCAUGCUCAGUUGCAGGCUCAGCAGGCUCAGUUGCAGGCUCAGACGGCUCAGUUGCAGCGGGAACGCCUGCAGCAGACGAUGGCCCGCGCACGAUCCGAGCACGUUGCGAAACAGCAGAAGGCAAUUGCCGCCCAUCAACAAGCYCGCGAAAUGCGUUCGAACCCUCAGCUACCGAUCAACGACUCUCCAACCUCAACGAUGCCAACGCCAGUGGUGGGCAGUUCCCAGCCGCCGAUCUAUCAGCCGUUCGAAGCUCCGCGUCCAUCUGAGCAGCCACCGUCCUAUGAUAGCAUGAACUUGUCUGCUCGCUUAGCCGUCAUGCGCGACCAGCAGAAGCAGCGUCACGAGCAGAUGCUGGCCCAGAACCCUAUGCCAACGGCAAUGCAGAACAUCCACCAGACGGGCAGCAGAAGCUCUCCUGAUGCUGAGAAGAUGCGUCGCGAGGCACUCAAGCAGCGAGUGGCCCACAUCAAGGCGAACAUUCUCAAGACACGCGAGGAGCGCGAGAAGCUGACCGAGGAACUUGCGCGACGCGAGUCCAAUAAGCAGGUCGAGAAGUCUGUUGAUGACAAGAAGAUCACCAAUGAUGACAAGGUCCAGAAGAUUGUUGGUGAGGUACUGAAGAAUGCUCAAAAUGAUGUGCAGCAGCAGCCGGAGCAUGCGGAGGAGGAGGGUCUCUCCGACAGCCAGAUGGUCUUCCCAAAGCUCGACAAGGAGAGUCCGGCAAGCAGUCUGUACGGCUCUGCCACCAGCGGCUCGAGCAAGGCCAAGGCCGCUUACGUUGAGAACGAGGAUGGCGAAGUUGAGAGUGCAGCUAUUCCUGCCGCGACUGUCCAUCCAGCGCCUUCGGCCUCGUCCGACGCUGACGAGGAUCAUGACUUUGUCGAUCUCGAAGAUGAAUUGGAAGUCUUGAGCGCGAGCGGUGAUGAGAGCGACGAUGGCUUCUUGACAGACGAGGAGUACGACAUCCUCGACGCUUCUGAUUCCGAGACGGUCGCUUCUGGCUGGCGCGGCUAG